AUGACCGAUUUGUUUAGCCAAGAAUUUCAUGUCUGCGCUUCCCUUCGUCGGAAAUCGCAAGCUGAAAAAGUCGUCGAGAAAGAAGGCUGUUUCGGCCUCAACCUAACGCCUAUAUUCAUUGGCAUCUCAGCCACAUUAUCAGGAUAUAGGACGUACCUUGUUUCCGUUGCCGUUCGCGAUUCUACAUAUCUAAUUGAUUUUGCCAUUAAAACUGUUUCUGCAGCUGAACAAGGUGCCACAAACAAUCAAGAUUUUCUGGCAGACUACAUCAUCAAAGCCAUCAGAGGAUACGAACAUCGAACUUUUACCAAGGUCAUAGGUGCUGGACUUCCCCAUGCACUACAGUCGCUAAGCCCAACGCUGUGUUCUCGCCUCUGGCUAGAACUGGACAUUGUGCCUCUUGUUAUUCAGCAGCCACAUGAACACAAGGAAAGGAUAAGCCUCUGGCUUAGCAAACGAGUGGACGAACAAGCUGAUUCCAUGGCGCGAAAAUGCAUCAUGAAUUUUGGCCCUUCUUUAACUCCUCUCUUGCAAGUCGCUUGGAGUGGUGUCGUCGAAGUCGAUGCCGGAUUUCAAGCGCCACUCUUAACGGUCGAAAAUUACAAGACCACUUGCGGUCCUGCGUCUUGGGAGGCAGUUAUGCAUUACGCAAAGAGUCUACGAAAGCACAAGACCAAAAUAGCAUUCUUCAGCAGCACUCCUCAGGGCGGCGGCGUUGCCCUGAUGAGACAUGCGCUUGUACGGUUCUCGCGCGCAUUGGGAGUAGAUCUGCGUUGGUAUGUACCAAAACCUCAUCCGGGUGUAUUCCGCAUCACCAAAAACAUUCAUAAUACGCUUCAAGGUGUGAGCCCUGAGGGUGAGCACAUCUCUGCAGAGGAAAAGAAGGCAAUCGUCGACUGGAUUAGUGACAACGCUGAUCGUUACUGGUUCUCUGAUGGUGGCCCAUUAUGCCGACCAGAUAAGGGCGGUGCGGAUAUUGUUAUUAUCGACGACCCUCAAAUGCCAUGUCUCAUCCCGCUCAUCAAGAAGCUCACGCCAUCACGGCCGGUCUUCUACAGAUCGCAUAUCCAGAUUAGAGCAGAUUUAAUUGAUGUAGAGGGCUCUCCUCAAGCAGAUAUCUGGGAUUUUCUCUGGAAAAACAUCAAACAAGCCGACUUAUUUAUCAGUCACCCGAUUCCGUCAUUUGUGCCUCAUAAUGUGCCCAGAGAGAAGGUCGUCUAUAUGCCUGCAACAACUGAUUGGCUAGAUGGCCUGAAUAAGCCAAUGGAGAUAUGGGAUGACGGUUAUUACGGCCAUUUAUAUAACAUCAACUGUCGCUCGCAACGUAUGACAGAGUUAGAGUGGCCAAGGAGAAAAUAUAUUAUCCAAGUGUCUCGUUUCGAUCCCGCCAAAGGGUUGCCAACUGUGGUGGAUGCGUAUGCAUGUUUUCGGGAGCAGCUUGAAAAAUACAAAGCUAUCGACAUUCCUCAGCUUGUCAUCUGCGGGAAUGCUUCUGUCGACGAUCCUGACGGCACCAUUAUCUAUGAACAAGUCAUGACACAGCUAGAAACGCGAUAUCCUCACCUGCUAAGCGACGUCAGCGUAAUGCGCUUGGAUCCUUGCGAUCAACUGCUAAAUUGUCUCAUGGCCAACGCCCAUGUCGUUUUGCAGCUUUCAACCUAUGAGGGCUUCGAAAUCAAGGUCUCCGAGGCACUACACGCUGGCCGUCCCGUCAUCGCUACGAACGCCGGUGGCAUACCUCUUCAAGUGAAGGACAAGGUUAAUGGGUAUCUUGUUCAGCCGGGAGACUGGAAAACCGUUGCAGCUCAUUUGAUGGAUUUGUUUACGGAUCCAAAGCUGCACGAUCGAAUGUCAUAUGCCGCGAAGACUGGCGUUAGUGACGAGGUAGGGACGGUGGGAAACGCCAUUUCGUGGUAUUACUUAGCCACGAAGUGGUCACAAAGAGGCCCAAAGCUUGAAUUGCUUGGGAACGCCCAGUGGGUUAACGAUAUGGCUCGUAAUGAGGCUGGCCAGCCAUAUGCAGAGGGUGAAAAUCGCUUACCGCGCAACUUUGUCAGCUCUGGAAAAUAG